UACUUUUUACGUCAUAGUGAAGGCAUGUCGAAUGAGAGCACAGAGAAUACGUUUUUGUUAAGAUAGACGCUAAUAUCAACAUACACAAUGUAUACGACUGAACGCAGGCGCAUGAGCCUGCGCGAGACCAAGAGAAAGGAUCCCGUGCGAGUUUCAGCUGGAAGUUUAUGGCAGGAUCCUCUGGCUCUCGAAGUCUGCGGCGCCAAUAAAGUCAUUAUAUCCCCACGCAAUCGAACCAGAGCUUUAUCUGUGGUGCAUAUAGCCGUUGAGGUCGUGUCUAUGCCGCAAACUGAGGAGAGUCUAAGUCUUUCACUGACAUGUCUUAAAGAAGCCUGCGCAGACGCGCACGCAGUGCUGAAGAGCAUUUCGCUUGAGCGCAUUGCGCUGGGCACUACAGAGAUCCUGGACACUUUCUACAACGCAGAUGUUGCUGUGGUGGAUAUGAGUAAUUCUAUCUGUCAGCCAUCUCUCUUUUAUCACCUGGGUGUCAGGGAGAGUUUCAGUAUGACCAAUAAUGUCAUCCUGUAUUGUAAUAAGCAAGAAGAUGAUCUUCAAGUUGUGAAGGAGCAAUGCGGGAGCUACACAUUUAUCCCCUACAUGGUGUCACCUCAGGGUAAAGUGUUUGCAUGUGAUGGCACCCUGAUGAGUGGGAUCAAAGAUUUCCUUCAUUCCAGCUUUAAAUUUGAAUCCUUGCUCAAUCCCCUGGUGGAUCGACUGGUCAGUGUGCUGGAAAGUGUUCACAUUCAUUCUAGCGAAUACCUUCAUGAGGCGAUCCGCAGGGAAAUCCGACUGGCUCGAGAGCACUUCAUGGGACAGGCCUUGAGUCAGGAGCUGGGCCGGAUCCAGAAACGCUUGGACUCGGUGGAGCUUCUAAGUCCAGACAUCGUGAUGAGUCUUUUGCUUUCUUACAGGGACAUUCCGGACUACGACUCCAUAAUAAAUCUGGUGGAGACCUUAAAUAAUUUGCCUAUGUGCAUGGUGACAGCACAUCAAAACAUUCAAUUUCAAUAUAUAUUUGCACUGAACAGGAGGAAUCACCCCAGGGACCGCGCCAAGGCUUUAAAGCUUAUUUUGUCCAUAGUGGAAUCGGGGGGCACAGUGGCAUCAGAUGUGUACUGCCUGUGCGGGCGCAUCUACAAGGACAUGUUCCUAAAUUCAGGCUUCAAAGACACAAACAGCAGAGACCGAGCAUGUUACUGGUAUGGGAAGGCCUUUGAUAUUGAACCCACUCUGCACUCUGGAAUCAAUUAUGUUGUUCUCCUCAUGGCUACUGGGCAUGAAUUCGACACUUCUAUUGAACUAUGGAAAAUCGGUGUCACACUUAGUAGCCUGCUUGGCAGAAAGGGCUGUCUAGAGAAGAUGCAGGACUACUGGGAUGUGGGUUUUUAUCUGGGGGCCGUAAUCUUGGCCAAUGAGCACAAGAAAGUUAUAGAAGCUUCCGAGAAGCUCUACAGACUCAAAGCACCAAUGUGGUAUGUUGCAUCAAUUAUGGAGACAUAUAUGCUCUACAAGCAGUUUGCCAAACCACAGGAUGAAAAUGAUCCAAAACAAGAAACUGUGGACUUUUGGAUGGAGUUGAUGGUCCAGGCAUGCAAGCCCACCGUUUCCACAGCGCGGUGCCCAGUGCUGAUUUUGGAGCCCUCUAAAGUGUUCCAACCCAGUGUAAUAUGUGUGAAUGAGGAAGAUGACUGUCGUACGGUGCAGCUGAGACAUGUUAUUCCAUUCGAGAAAGGUCUGCACGAGUGGACUUUCCUAGCAUCCGCGAUUCGCGGAGUAAGCAUCUCCAAGUUUGAUGAACGUAGCUGCUUCCUGUAUGUCCUGUACAAUUCUGAUGAUUUCCAGUUGUACUUCCCAAGCGAUCUCCACUGUAAAGGGUUCUGUGAUUUGGUAAACUCUCUAUUGCAUCAAAUAGAAACUCCAGUGGAAGAUUCCAGUUCUCUCAGGGGAGGGGAAGGACUUUUAGAGUACAUUUAUGAGAGGAAUGAGAAUGGAGACAAGGUGGUGUUGGGGAAAGGGACCUAUGGAGUGGUAUACGCUGGACGAGACGUCAACAAUCAAGUGCGCAUCGCCAUCAAAGAGAUCCCAGAGAAGGACAGCACCUACUCUCAGCCACUCCAUGAGGAGAUUGCUCUACACAGGAGACUGAAGCACAGGAAUAUUGUGCAGUACCUGGGCUCAGUCAGUGAGGACGGCUUUAUUAAGAUCUUCAUGGAGGAGGUUCCUGGAGGAAGCUUGUCCUCUCUCUUAAGACCAAAUUGGGGACCUCUUAAAGAUAACGAAGCAACCAUUGUCUUCUAUACCAAACAGAUUCUUGAGGGCCUGAAAUAUCUCCAUGAUAAUCAGAUCGUUCAUAGAGAUAUUAAGGGUGAUAACGUUUUGAUAAAUACAUACAGUGGUGUGCUUAAGAUAUCAGAUUUUGGCACGUCUAAGAGACUAGCAGGAAUCAACCCGUGUACAGAGACAUUCACAGGCACUCUACAGUACAUGGCACCAGAGAUCAUUGACCAGGGUCCACGUGGGUAUGGAAAACCGGCUGAUAUCUGGUCUCUGGGCUGCACUAUCAUUGAAAUGGCGACAGGGAAACCUCCCUUUCAUGAGCUGGGCUGUCCUCAGGCAGCCAUGUUUAAGGUGGGAAUGUUUAAGAUCCACCCAACAGUGCCAGAGUGCAUGUCAGAGGAGGCUAAAGGUUUCAUCAUGUGUUGCUUUGAGCCUAACCCAGACAAGAGAGCCACAGCCUCAGAGCUCCUGAAGAACAGCUAUCUGAAGGGAAGCCCCAGGAAGAGAACAAAACCUCAAUCAGAUAACUUUCUGAAAGAGCCUUGUGUAGGAGACUUUCACAGGAGCAUGUCUGUGCCCAUCGCUGUACGUGUGGAAAACACUGAUGCUGACCACACUGAUUUGUCCUGCUCUUUUGAUCUGAGAAGGACCGCGUCUGCCCUCAGGGCAAGUGACAUCGCUGAAAGUCCUCCCACCUUCAGAAGCUUCCUGGCUGUGCCAGAUGAGCCGCAAGGGGACAUGACGACAAGCCCGUUGGGCUCUGUAGAGAAUCUUGGUCUGUUCAUGCUUCGAAAGGACAGCGAAAGGAGAGAUACGUUACAUAGAAUACUUACUGAGUAUAUCAGCCAUGUAAUACAAAACAUUCAGGAAACGCUACCUCAGGCAGAGGAGCCAUGUAUCAACUCUGAUAACAUCAGCGAGCUGAUUGGCUGCCUGCGAGAGAACAUCCGCUCUCCAGACAAGAGGCACCUGACUAACAGCCUCCUGAAGUUGCGCUCCAACCUCUUGAACUCUGCUGUGCCACUCAACAGCCUGCAGGCGGUGCUCUUCAGUUUCCAUGAUGCAGUGAAGAAGGUUCUUCGGAAACAACAGAUUAAACCUCAUUGGAUGUUUGCUUUGGACAACUUACUGAGACUGGCUGUACAAGAUGCCGUCACAAUUCUGCUCCCAGAGCUCAAACUUCAACUGCAAUCAUCGUUUGAACACGAAGAGAGUUCUCCAGAAAGAGAGCAAUCCACAGAAGCUGAUUCCGAACAAACAGUCACUCCCCUUGCAAAGGACCAAGAGGAAAUAGAUGUAAUUCCGAGAAUCAAAGACAUUUCUGAUAUCACUCAAAAAUCUAAAGAGGGUGACAAGGAUUGCAAAUGUACCGAUCUGCCCAGUGACCUCCUCUCUAAUCGCUCCUCACUCACAAAGGAGCUGUCAGAACUCCGCCUUGAGUCCAGGAGGUUGCUAAUUGAGCUGAAUGAGAAGGAGAAGGAAUUCCUGGAGCUUCUCAAGGACUCCCAUCAGAUGAAACAAAAACAAAUAAAUGUCUUGGAGGUCAGAUCUUCUACUGCAGCUACAGAUAAUAAACCUUCAUCCUAUAAAUCUCAGAACAUGGCUAUGGUGCGCUGGCUGAGGGGCGUUCCAGUCGAUGAGAAAACCAUAGAAACAAUGCUUUUCCAUGAGUUCACCUUGGACUGCCUUAUACACCUCACAUGUAGGGAUGAUCUGCAGUACUGUGGCAUCAAAGGUGGAAUGCUGUGUCGCUUAUGGGCUGCCAUCUCCAAACAGAGGAAAUCUCAUCUCAGUCCAGUCAAAGAGGACAGUGAAGAAAUCAUUCUAUAACAGACACAACUAAAUCCCAAUGUUUAGUUCAUUUGAGCUCAGUGAGUUUGCAAUGUAUAGUUUGUGUCUUUUUGUUUGGCACUGUUUUGUUAAUGCCUAUAGGUGACUGAUAAAUUAAAGGAAAGAAUUCCAUAAAAAUAUACAACCUCAGAAUAUCAUGCAAACAGUCAUUUUGUCAGAUAUUUUGGGAUAGAGAUUCAAUGUUUUUUUUUUUUCAUUUUCUUUUUGUAUUUAAGAGCUUCUAAAAUGUGUGAUAUUCUUUUGUGUUAAUCUUAAUCUGGAAAUGUUGUAUAUGAGAGGGGUUUUGUGUUGUGUAUAUAUUAUAGUGUGUAUAUAUAUGUACAGUAUGAGAGAACAAAGAAGUUGUAUUUGUUUGGUCAUAUGCUUGUGCAUUGUGCAUUCUUAUACUGAAUAUUAACUACAUUAAUAAAACAAAAACAUACUAACAGCAAAAAGAAAUUAGACAUGUAUUUAAGUAAUAUCUGUAUAUCUGUAAGAACUAUAGUAUAUAUGACCUUACUUAAAUAA